AUGACGGUACCAUCUUUCUCGGCGACGGCUCUUUGGCUGCUGCGCCUACACCAAAGCUACACCAACGUGGUAUUCGAAACAGUCUUUGAUCCUCCCGAGGAUAACCCCGUUCAGAAAUUUGGUCGCUCAGUUGUCCCCUCAUCGAAGAAAGUCAAGGACCAAGUUUUCGCCUUUGACCGUGUGUUUGACGACAACACCACCCAAUCCGAAGUCUACGAAGGCACUACCCGAACUCUCCUCGAUAGUGUACUGGACGGUUACAAUGCGACGGUUUUCGCCUACGGCGCCACGGGCUGUGGAAAGACGCAUACCAUUACCGGCACUGCACAACACCCUGGUAUCAUCUUUAUGACGAUGCAGGAGCUAUUCGAAAAGAUCGACGAGCGCAGUCAAGACAAGGUCACAGAAUUGAGUCUCAGCUACCUCGAAAUUUAUAACGAGACCAUUCGUGAUUUAUUGGUUCCUGGUGGUGGAGGCAAGGCUGGCUUGACACUCAGAGAGGACAGCAACGCAGCUGUUUCAGUGUCGGGAUUGACGAGUCACCACCCCAAAGAUGUCCAAGAAGUCAUGGAUAUGAUUGUCCAAGGAAACGAAUAUCGCACAGUGUCGCCUACCGAGGCCAACGCCACUUCAUCCCGAUCUCACGCCGUUCUCCAGAUCAACGUUGCCCAGAAGGACCGUUCAGCCGGUACCAAUGAGCCUCACACCAUGGCCACCCUCAGCAUCAUCGAUCUUGCUGGCUCCGAACGAGCGUCUGUCACAAAGAACCGCGGCGAGCGCCUUGUAGAGGGAGCCAACAUCAACAAGUCCCUUCUCGCCCUUGGAAGCUGUAUCAACGCACUUUGCGACCGUCGACAGAAGCAGCACGUUCCCUACCGAAACAGCAAACUUACUCGACUUUUAAAAUUCUCUCUUGGCGGCAACUGCAAGACCGUCAUGAUUGUCUGUGUCUCGCCAUCGAGCGCGCAUUUCGAUGAGACGCAAAACACCCUUCGAUACGCAAACCGGGCCAAGAAUAUCCAGACCAAGGUGACGCGCAACGUCUUUAACGUCAACCGCCACGUCAAGGACUUUUUGGUCAAGAUUGACGAGCAGAUGGCCUUGAUCAACGAGCUCAAGGCGCAGCAAAAGAACGCCGAGGGCAUGUUCUUUGCCAAGUUCCGAAAGCAAGGCGAGAAGCGGGAUGCCCUUGCGCGAGAGGGAGUUCAACGACUUCGAACAGCCUAUGAGCACUCUGCUACUGAGCGUCAGGAGCGCAUCAACAACAUGAAACGACUCAAGGGCUUCGAGCGACGGAUCGAAGUGGAAAAGUCUGAUUGGGAGCGAGCUAUCGACACCGCCCUAUCACACGCCCUCCAGCAACUGCAUGUGGCCGACGGCGCCGAUACUGGAGAGACCGACCAGUUGACUCGCGAGGGCGAGCUGCUCAAGGCCAACUUUAAUCGUGAGGCGUACAGGGAGGUACUUGAGCAGGACAAGGCCGGUGAAGCUGCCAUGACUGGCUUCACCGCAGCUGGUCAAGUCGUCAAGCCUGACGGCUCCAUGCCCGCGGUUGAAGUCUCUUCGCCUCGAAAGAGAGGUACCCCCAAGCGCAAAAAGUCAAUUGCUAUGCACAUUAAGCCUGUUUCGGCCCCAGUCUUUAUGCCAGAGAACACUCCUCUUAGCCCAACCAAGGGAUCUCCCCGACGACGUAAGGUGAUGGGAGCUUCCAAGAAGAGCAUCAGCUUCACGCCGGUGAAGAUGCUGAAGAAGAAGGGCGGAGUGAGAUGGAGGGACGAUGAGACUGAGGAGGGUACACUGGUCGACUUUUCGCAGACGCCCCAAAAGUUCAACUCAUCGCCGGCGAUGCCUUCACCUGAGAAAGACAUCGUUGCGCCCCCGAUGCCUUCCUACCUGGAGCCUGAAGAGUCGAAGAUUGAUGAGUCCAAGGUCGAAGAUGAGUCGAGUCCCAGGCUCGAGGUUCCAGAAAUGUCCAGCUUUGGAGGCGCGAAGCCAAGCAGGUUUCAAGCUGGAUUCCUGGCAAAGGGAGCUAGGCCAUCUCUUGCCGGCGGGUCCCCCCAAGCACCAAACUUGAGCCUCAGACUGGGUUCAGUAUCUCCCGACGUUCAGCGAACACCACCCUUACGAUCAUUAGAUGUCACUAAGAGUGGCAACUUUUCGCCAUCGCCAUCAGGGCUAGGUAUUCCACGACCUAUUCGACACUUUAACAGAGUGCACGACGAGAACAACCCUCCUGGUUCAGGAUCGGAUUCGGAGACGAGCACCAUCGACGCGCGAAAGCUUCAGACUGCUCUCCGCACAGCCAUGAAGGAAAAGGCUCGUAGAGCGAGCAUUUUGGCUGGUACAGGCGCAUCCAGCUCUAAGCGUGUCUCUUCUAUGGGAAUGCUGCCUGAACGAAGCGCACCCCGACCCAGUUUGUCUGGGCCUCUCGCCAGCACCACCAACGGCAUCUCUCGACUCCGACGAGGUAGCGCCGAGAGGAGAAGAAGCCCACCAAUGGCAUGUUUCUCCAACGACUUUACCAUUGACAGAGCCUUGACUCAAGGUCAAGCUAGACGCAUGAACAUGAGCAGUACUCGCGCAUCAGAAGUUAAUGGUGGAAGCCCCCAGGGCAGCAUGACCAGCGGCCCUGCCCGUCGGAUUACUAUCGGUACCGGCUCAGGAGCUGCGCAUCGCCGCCAAGUUAGUGCCGGAGAUACAUGGCGAUGA